AAUGGAUUUUAACCUCCUGACGGACGGCGAGGCCCGGAGCCCGGCGCUGUCGCUCUCUGACUCUGGGACCCCGCAGCACGACCAGGGAUGCAAAGGCCAAGACAACAGCGACACAGAGAAGUCCCACCAGAACCAGCUGGACGAGUCCAACGCUGAGGAGGGCUCCCUGAAGAAGAAGCAGAGGCGCCAGAGGACUCACUUCACCAGCCAGCAGCUGCAGGAGCUGGAGGCCACCUUCCAGAGGAACCGCUACCCGGACAUGAGCACCCGCGAGGAGAUCGCCGUGUGGACCAACCUGACGGAGGCACGCGUCCGGGUAUGGUUCAAAAACAGACGUGCCAAGUGGAGAAAGAGGGAGCGGAACCAGCAAGCCGAGUUGUGCAAAAACGGCUUCGGCGCCCAGUUCAACGGACUCAUGCAGCCGUAUGACGACAUGUACACCGGCUACUCCUACAACAACUGGGCCACCAAGAGCCUGGCGAGCAGCCCGCUGUCCGCCAAAAGCUUCCCUUUCUUCAACUCCAUGAAUGUAAGCCCCCUGUCAUCCCAGCCCAUGUUCUCGCCCCCGAGCUCCAUCCCCUCCAUGAACAUGGCCUCCAGCAUGGUGCCUUCGGCGGUGGCCGGAGUCCCCGGCACAGGCCUCAACAACCUGGGCAACCUCAACAACCUCAACAGCCCCACGGCCCUCAACUCGGUGGCCGUGACAGCCGCCACCUGCCCCUACGCCACCACGGCGAGCCCGUACAUGUACAGAGACACCUGCAACUCGAGCCUGGCCAGCCUGCGGCUCAAGGCUAAGCAGCACGCCAAUUUUGCCUACCCGGCUGUGCAGAACCCUGUGUCGAACCUGAGCCCGUGUCAGUACGCCGUGGACCGGCCGGUAUGA